GUUUAGUUUUGUCUUACUACCAAAGCCGUAGCCCACUUCCGCAAAUGUCGAAUAAGGCAGCAUUGCUUAUUGCCGCGAAGGCCCGCCCGUUGGUCAUCGAGAACGUGCCACUGAUGAAGCCUGAAAAAAAUCAGAUAUUGAUUAAGAGUGCUGCGGUAGCGAUCAAUCCAGUAGAUUGGAUGGUUCAAGAUAUGGGCAUCAUCAUUCAAAGCUACCCAAUAGUCCUGGGUGAAGACGUCGCAGGUGAGGUCGUAGAAGUUGGGGAAGAGGUCUCCCGAUUCAAACCUGGAGAUCGAGUGAUUGCGCACUGCAUUUAUCUUGUCAGCAGUAAGGUUGAACAUGGUGCAUUCCAGCACUACACCAUCGCUGUUGCCGAUCUGGCAGCAAAGCUCCCAAGUUGGAUUCCUUUCGAAGAAGGAGCAGUGCUUCCUUUGGCAAUUUCUACCGCGGCAUCUGGUCUUUACACCAAAAACUUCUUACACUUGUCGUACCCAAGCACCGACUCCAGACCGACGGGGAGAAGCAUUCUCGUAUAUGGCGCAUCAUCCUCUGUUGGUGCAGUUACGAUUCAGCUAGCUAUCGCAUCUGGUCUUCAAGUGGUGGCCACCGCUUCCAGCCACCACCAUGAGUGGAUCAGAUCUCUAGGUGUCUUCAUGGUUUUGGACUACAAGGACACUGAAAUCGUUGAGAAAUUGAUCAGCGCAUUGAAGUCUGCAGGCGAGCCAGUGGGCGCGUAUGAUGCGAUAGGUCUUCCUUCCACACGGCAUAUUUGCGCUACAGUGCUGGAGCAGUUUGGCGGCGGUUUUAUUGCGUCGACGCUAGGCAUGGAAAAUGACGAACGGCUACCUGAAAAUGUUAACGCCGGUUACUGUUUCGCUCCAGCAAUCUACACCAAGGAGCCAGAGAUCGCGAAAGCCGUUUGGGGAGAGUACGUCCCCAAAGCGUUAGAGAAUGGCUCGUUGAAGUGCAAGCCAGAUCCCCUUGUCAUGGGCUCUGGCUUAGAAAGCAUACAGGCAGCAUUGGACAAACACAAAGAAGGCGUCUCUGGGCGAAAAGUUGUCGUGAGCUUGUGACCGACUCGUUGGAAAUCACUAUUUGAGAGCUAGAACUUUGUUUCUUAUUAGUCGAGGUCCGAGUUUAUCGUGUGAAAAGAGCUACAUAUAAAAGCGUGCCCUGUUUACUGCAAUUUUUAUUUCUGAUCCACACA